AUGGCCGCUCGCAACGCCCAAAUCCGAGAUUGGAUAAAUACAGGAAAACAUGUGAUCUUGACGGAUUACGAACAUGCUGCUAGCGACCCAUCAGCAUCGAAUUCGGGCGACUUUGACGAAACCGAUGCCAACAGUGUUUCGGGUGAUGGCAGCUCCGUCGUGUCCUCCACGGCCUCCACGGCUGCGGCGCCCAUAGUCGAGAAGCUUCUCGCUUCUGACAACGAUGCCCUCGUCCCAAAACAAGCAGAAGUCGAUAUUGUGUUCCAGAAAGGCAAAGAUCUAUGGUCUAAACUGGUCACGUCUUCUCGAUCUCUACCUGCAACUUCCCUAUCGGCAGGCCUCAAUGACCCUUCCAUAAUAUUGAAAGACGUCCCCGCACUACCCAAAGCUCUUCCAAGAUGCGGCAUGCUCGUUGGGCGGCCAUUCUGGCAUGUACUAGGCAUUUCGAUCGACCGAGACGAUGAGAAACAGAACGAGGAUUUCGAUUUUCAACAUAUACAUGGCGCGCGCAAACACUUCUGUCUAUCCUAUCCGACACCAGUUGAGUGUCGCGUGUCCCCCCAAGUCGCCAUCGGCAAUGACAGCGCUUCCAGAGCUCCGGGGGACGGACCUUACCCACCGGGCCUCCUGCUCUUGACACUCUGUUGGUCCUAUGUUUUUUCUGUGCGGUUUUGGGAGCUUCAGGGCAAACAGGUUCUGUACACUUCGCAUGCGCUGCAACCCCGGUCGAACGGGAACAUCCGCAACCGUCGAGGCCGCAUCAGCAUAUACCUGGGAGCUUCCGCGUCCCAAGGCCUCAUGAGAUGGCUGUGUGCUCUGCUCGCGCCGAAACCUGGAUGGUCGGUUCAAGGCGGAGGCUAUGCGCCAUGGACAGCAUUCUAUUCCGGAGGCGUUGAAUUCACGAUCAUUUCCGACGAAGCUACGACGUUCACGCCAAAUGGCCAAGCGCCAAGUUCUGCUGAAGCUAUAGAGCUUCUCGUAGAACUCGGUUGCUUAUACGGAUUCGACUCUGCUCAGCACAGUGGCCGCAGGAAUGAUCCGUUAUCGCCAAUCGUCGCCGGAUUUGUGGCUGUUCUCGCCUUACCGUUCUACCGCGUCAUGGAGCUACAACCACAGUUUCUCGCACCAACAUUGCGACUAAAUCCAACCGAGGUCCGUCCAGGCCCGAUACGACAGUAUCUCGCCGAUCUUCGAUAUUACAUGACGCUUAGCAUGCACCCGAUGUCGGUUGGAUCAAUAAUUUGGAGCAUCUUCUGGCAACCAGAUGUGGAGUGUAACGUUGUUAGUCCUUGGCUGAGCUCAACUCUCAGCGAGUUGCGCCCACUUAUCGACUCUGGAAACCUGGAUAUUCUUGCAAAGACCUUUGCACUCCGUCGACCACGAGUUGCUCUAUGGUGGCUGGGCAUCUUUCUUCUGGGAAGCCCUGCAAUCCCCGGCUUAAUAGUGCGCUACCUGGAGACGUCGGAAGAGCGUUGGGGAUAUGCAACCAUGGCAUCACCUGAUACGACUGUUUCUUCGUGGACUGGGUCACCACAGUCUUUCUUAGAUGAAGGAACAUCACGUGCAUACAUUGACUUGAACGAGUCGGUAUCUAAGGCAGAUCUCCUGCGAUGUCGGUACAAUCUGCGUCUACAAGAUACAAGCUCGGCGCUUUUGUCCUGGCAGCCCUUCGGGGUCACCCCGAAGACUAUGAUAGAGCCUGACCUCUGGCCUUGGCUGGAGUGUCGUUUCGAUAGAACAUACGAGCACUGGGUCUGGUACAUCAAGAAGGGGGAGACAGUCGUCCGUCAGGACGUCCAGGAAGGAUUCAGGAAGGACACGGGCAGCGUCUGUCUGCCCCUGGCUCUCGCGCGGCUGUUCCUGAGCGAAUUGCAGCAACCCACUUGGGCUGAUGUAGGCACCAGGCAGCUGGCCCAGCGAUAUUGCCUUCACUUCAGUCUUUCGGAAGCUUUUAAAGAGGCCGCAGUCUACGAUAUCGCCGCGAACGAGGAGGAUGUCCAGAGUUGUGUCGACGACCAACUGCAGUACAUGCAAGACUUUGUGCAGAAUGAUUCCAAAUUGUUCCGUGUCGCUGUCUCUCAUCUCACAAUCCUGGCCGAGCAGCCUACGGUCGGAGACUUGGAGCUCGCACUACUGGAUCUGCCUCGCGGUUUCUGCGAUAUUUAUGGCUAA